AUGAGAACUUCUCCAAAUAUUAUAAUUACCGGCACCCCCGGUGUCGGCAAGACUGUCCACUGCGAGCAACUCGCACAGGAAACGGGCUUACGACAUUUGUCAGUUAAUCAAAUUGCGAAAGAGCGUGGCUGCCAUGACGGAUAUGAUGAGAAGUUGAAAAGUUGGAUUGUAGAUGAGGACAAGCUGCUAGAUGAGAUCGAGGAAGAGGUCCAACAAGGUGGAUACCUGAUUGACUGGCAUGCUUGUGAUCUUUUCCCAAAGUCAUGGAUUGAUCUCGUCGUUGUGCUUCGUUGCCCAUCAACAUCAAUAUUAUAUGACCGACUCUCCGGAAGAGGCUACGGAGAAGAAAAGCUCCAGGAAAACCUGGACGCUGAGAUUUUCGAGGUUCUCCUUGACGAAGCUAAAGAAUCUUACGACGAGGAAAUUGUUGUCGAGCUGACUAGCGAGACUGACAACGAGAUUGAGAGCAAUUGCUCGAGAAUUGUUGCUUGGAUCGCCGCCUGGAAACAAACGCACACAGCCGCAGAUGGAUGA